AUGACCACCGCCAAAGGAGAUGACACCUCCCGAGAUAUACCAGAGCGGCCGCAGCCUACCCGAACCACGUCCACCGAGCACGACUCCCUAAAGUACCACCUCCUCGGCCCGUCGCUCACCAAAGCUGGCCAAGACAGUGUAGACCAAUCGAAGGUCUCAGAGGUCAUCUACAACGCGUCCAAGGGCUCCAAGUUCUUCAACAAUGAGGAGGUCAAGGACAAGAACCUCACCGAGAAGAUCAACAAGAUCCUCGAAAAGAGACGCCAGCUGGAGAAGAUCGACUUGACCUCCGACCAGCGCAGAGCUGAUGACUACAUCGCUGAGCUGGAGCUGAGCAGGGACCUGAGCCAGGUCAUCGUACACCUCGACUGCGAUGCUUUCUACGCGGCAGUCGAAGAGCUAGAUCGCCCGGAACUGAAAGACGUUCCGUUCGCAGUCGGCAAGGGCGUGCUGACAACCUGCAACUACCAUGCACGCAAGUUCGGCUGUCGCUCCGGCAUGGCUGGAUUUGUUGCCAUGAAGCUGUGUCCGCAGCUCAUCUGCGUUCCUAUGAAUUUUGCGAAGUACAUGGCCAAGGCAGAAGAGGUCCGCGAAGUACUGGCGCUAUACGAUCCCGACUACCAAAGUGCGAGUUGCGACGAGGCGUACCUCAAUCUGACAGAAUACUGCCAGGAGCACCACAUGACACCCGAGGAAGCUGUGAGCCAGCUGCGCGCAGACGUCUUUGCAAGAGCCAAGAUCACCGUCUCCGCUGGCAUCGCCGCCAAUGCUAAACUCGCCAAGAUUUGCUCAAAUCAGAACAAGCCAAACGGGCAGUUCUUACUUGCCAGCGACAGGCAGACUAUCAUGGAGUUCAUGAAGACCUUGCCUACGCGAAAGGUCAAUGGUAUCGGUCGUGUCUUCGAACGAGAGCUGGAUGCCAUAGGCGUCAAGACAUGCGGAGACAUAUACGCACAUCGAGCAUACAUGGCAAAGCUAUUCGGGCAGAAAGCAUUUCAAUUCUUGAUGCAGUGCUAUCUCGGCCUAGGGCGUACUGUCAUCAAGCCAGCAGAAGACCAUGAACGCAAGAGCGUCGGCACUGAAACUACCUUCAGAGAGCUACAGGGCCGCGAUGCCCUGCGUGACAAGCUUCGGCAUAUCGCUGAGGAAUUAGAAGGGGAUCUCAAACGCACCGAAUACAAAGGAAGAACACUCUGCAUCAAGAUCAAGCUCCACACCUACGAAGUACACACGCGGCAGACAACGCCACCCUUUGCCAUUCACAAAGCAGACGACCUCUACAAGUACAGUCUACCGAUGCUAGAGAAGCUCAUGAAAGAGAUACCGAACAUGAAACUACGCUUAAUGGGUUUACGUGCUACGCACAUCAUCAGCACGAAGAAGCCUGGAAUCGACUUCUUCGGCCGCGCAGCCAAGACAUCUUCAACCACCACCAAGACCCCAACCUCCAAAGACGAAGGAGCAUGGGAGACAUGGCCCGAGGAAGAGUUCGAAGAAGCCGCACGACAAGAACGAAAUAAUGAAAUGAACGAACUAGAGAAACUUUCUCAGGAACAGGAGCAGCAGGGUGAGCAGCCGGCAUCCGAACCGCAAUGGCAGUGUCCUAUUUGCUCUGUUCCGCAGGCACCUGAUGAUGCAAGCUUUAACGCCCAUAUAGACUUCUGCCUUUCGAAACAGACUAUCAAGGAGGUUGUCAAGUCUACAACACCGCUGCCGCCCCCGCCGCCAGCUUUCGAGAAGCAGUCUAGUGUCUCCAAGACGAUUUCCAAGAAGGGCAAGCGCGGACGGCCCAAGAACGAAGGCACGUCAUCGGAACAGGAGGCAAGGGAGAAGAGACGAGCGUUCUUCACGCUUGGGAAUGGAUGA